AACAAAAAACAUCAUGCCGCUCCCCGCCCGGCUCCUUGGAAGGGCAGUCGCGAAGACCUUACACGCGGCAGGUUUCCAUCGAUACCACCCCCCUCCCCUUUCACCGCGCCACAACAAGAGAGAGGGGGCGGGUGGGGCGGCGUUUACGGCGACGCGGGUGUAUUUGAUGUCCGGCGACACUGCCACAAUACUGGCUGAUGUCGCAGGUAAGUGCCGCGAGACGCACAGCGAGCAGCAAACCCCCGCCUCCCACCAGCAGGCACCCUGACCCUGCUAGAGGCCAAAAAGAGAAAGAAAAAAAAAUAAACAAUGUCGGUUACAAACAGUACAUGCCCCCCAACCUGCGGCAGCAUCUCCAUAUAGCGCCGCCGAAGUACACGGAGACUCGGACACCAAGACGGGCCCACUUGAUUGGCCGGACCCCCGCCCCAGGGAUCCGAGCCCGGACCAGUGGGUCGCGCCCGGGUCUUCCGAACGCAUGGCUGGUGACCGUCCGAAUGCGGCAAUCGUUAAUGCAACGGCUCCUCGUCGUGGCGUGGGUAGAUAUCGUCGAUGGGGAGGGGAACAAACGUCGUGCAAGCAGCCAUUUGGAAAGGGAUAGUGAUAGGAACCCCGGGUCGUAUGGCCGUCGAGAGUCUCGGAUGGGUCCUCCUCCUUCGACGUGAAAGGAGAUCAGGAUGAAAAGGCGAAACCAGCCAGUGCCUCGUUUCGAUGUUGCUGCAUGCA